ACCGUGGCCUACUGAUCGCAGCUCGCAGCAUCAAUUUGGGCGCAGGUACCUCCCGCGUGCGCCUGGCCUUCCCCGCUUAUCCUUUUGCCUGCAACGUCGUCCACUCAGACCGCAUAUUUGACGCAACCACAGCAUCCAAGCUACAUUCACACAAACACCCACCCCGACUACCGUCACCACCAUCCAUUGGGCCUUCGCAGCUCCCUCCUGCAUCGAUCCGCUGACAGCGACCGACAUCUGGCGACUGGGCAUUUGCCCACGAAUCAAACCCCUGCUCCCUGUGUAACCCUAGAGUGACGAGAUCGUCAUGGACCCGACACAUCUCCAAGCUCACGGCCAGCAGAAGAUGCGCCAGGCGCCCGCCGCCCCGAAACGAUAUGACGGUUUAAACGGGAACCCUCUGUACGACUCGAACAAUGGCGGGCACUACGGAGCCUCCGCCUCAAUUGCUGCCCAGGGCCAUGCGCCCGACGCGCAGCUCUUCACCGGGUCAUGGCAGAACGUGAAUCAAGGCCUAAACGGGACUUACCGCGACAUUCUCAAUACCUAUUGGCAACAACAGGUGAUGAAGCUGGAGACUGAUGAACACGACUACAAGCUCCAUCAGCUCCCGCUGGCACGGAUCAAGAAGGUCAUGAAAGCGGAUCCCGAAGUCAAGAUGAUAUCUGCCGAAGCCCCAAUUCUCUUCGCGAAGGGAUGCGACAUAUUCAUCACGGAGCUCACGAUGCGCGCAUGGAUUCAUGCAGAGGAGAACAAGCGCCGCACUCUUCAGCGCUCGGAUAUUGCGUCGGCCUUGUCGAAAUCAGACAUGUUCGACUUCUUGAUUGAUAUUGUCCCUCGUGAGGAGGCUCACCCCCACAAGCGGAGUGGUGGGCAGAGUAGCGCCGCUGUUCAAUCAAAUGCCGCAAUCCCCCCAGGUGCGAUGCCUCAACAAGGCGGGGUGCACGCGCCACAUCAGAUGCCUCCUCCACAGGACUACGGAAUGGGGCAGCAUAUGGCUCCACAAGAAGAUUUCCGCCCGUCAGGCAUGUAUGCUCCGCAAGUGCAAGGCGACCCCAAUGCCUAUGGCCAGCUGCCACCCCAAUUUGACCCAGCUGUUUAUGGAGCAUAUCCAAUGGCAGGCCAGCAACAGAUGUAUCCCGUGGGUCAGCGUGGGCCUGACCCAACUGGAGCUGGGGAUCCUAGCCAGGGCUAUCGACCUCAUGAUCCAGAGGGGGAUGCAGAUGCAGAAGGAGAGAGGGAAGAUUUUGGCCCUUAACAGCAGCUGACCAUCUGACUAGUGAAGAGAGAGGCCGUGACAGGGGGAGAUGGGGGCCUUUUAGGACUUGAUAUUGGAGUAGAGGGUGGAAGACUUUCAAUUCUUGUCAGCCUGACCCCGAAAACCGGAUAGCGGGGGACGACAUGGCGAAGGUGCUUUAAAAUGGGCAGAUCUCUUCUCUGACACUUGGGGCUCGGUGGGAUUGGGUGGGAAUACUCUGCGAGUCGAGGUCAGGGGAAAGGUCGGGGUGUUUUGGAGCUGUCCUGGCGGUUUAGGCCUUCGGCCGCGGAUGGGGUACGGAUGGGAUGGCGUACAUAAAGACAGCAAAAUGAAUUUCGAUUGAAGAGUGG